AUGCGGGGACGGGGCUAGCGGUUGAAAGAUGGCUACAUGUGAUGAUGGUGUCUUGUUUGGUGGAGUGGAAUGGAGCAGCUCUCCCGUUACCUUCCAUAGAAACAAGGGAGAGAAUGUUGAGCUAACACAGAGCAACACAGUAGCCACUAGGACUAAGGGCUGCAGCAAUGCUCUAGUGUUCACCAGUGAGCCAGUGGUUGCUGGACAGAUGCUCAAGGUCACUGUGACAGAGCCAGUGAGGGAGGGACGUUGGUGGGGUGGAAUGGAGAUUGGUUUCACUGGAGAGAAUCCGGAGGACUCGACACUGACACAGUGUGAAUAUUUGGACUGGAAAAAUCAGCACAAGCAUUUACUGUAUACUGGUACCACUUCUCUCCAAUACAAGGACAAGAAACUCUGUGAUCUGGGUUUAAACACUGAAUAUUUUGAAGUGGGUGAUUCCCUAGGAAUGUUGCUGACGCUGGAGAAGGAGGUCCACUGGUUUAUGAAUGAUGUGUGGAGAGGGUCUGUACGUGUGGAGGACUACCCUCUGGACACACCUAUGUGGGGGGUCGUGGAUGUGAAUGAACGAUGUAAACAAGUCAAGGCAGAAAUUUGCACUGUGUCCAGGUACAACCUUGACUCAGAGAGGAGGCUGAGAGAGAUGGGACUAGUACAGGAUGCAAGACCUCAAGCAGUGGGAACACACCACAUCAAACAAUUGGACUCUGAGCCUUGAGGACAUUUAGUGUCAUUUCUACGUAUAAUGUGUCUAUUUUCCAUUGAUAAGUACUGGACCUCCAAGACUAGCGAUAUAUAGUGAGAUGCAUUUAUAAUUAUACUUGUGUGAAAUAAUAAUUUUUGUAUAUACCGGUAGUCAUGAAUUUAUUAUUAUAAUUACUUUCA